GAGUAAACCCAACCCGGAAAAUGACGUACACGUAUUCACAAGCAUACCCGUUUAAGAAUCGAGCCAAUUUGGAUCAAUCAGGCUGAGCCAGAGCCCAUCAUGAAUACUCAGGUGGUGGAUAUUGAUGGGAGUGGUCCAGCUUACACUCUGGAUGAAGCUCUUGGCGCGGUUGGGUUUGGGAAAUUCCAAGCUCUGGUGCUGGCUUAUGCCGGGCUUGGAGCCAUGUCUGAAGCAAUGGAGGUGAUGAUACUGUCUUUUAUUGGACCUUCAGUGAAAGCAGAAUGGGGGCUUUCGUCGGGGCAAGAGAGCUUGAUCACCACUAUGGUCUUUGCCGGGAUGCUCAUUGGAGCUUAUUUCUGGGGCAUCUUGUCUGAUAAUUAUGGUAGAAGGGUAGGCCUUCUAAGUGUUGCUGUGGUAACUAGCAUAUUUGCUUUCCUCAGUGCCGUCUCCCCGAAUUAUGUUUUAUUGAUCCUCUUCCGAAUGGUUGUUGGCAUUGGUUUGGGUGGCGGACCUGUGUACUCAACCUGGUUUCUUGAGUUUGUGCCUGUGCGAAAUAGGGGCAUUUGGAUGGUUAUCUUCUCCACUUUCUGGACAAUUGGAACCAUACUCGAGGCUGCAUUGGCAUGGAUCGUUAUUCCUAGAUUGGGAUGGAGAUGGCUGCUUGCAGUAUCAUCAGUACCCUGUUUUGCAGCAUUUAUCUUAUAUUUCCUCACAAUAGAGACUCCUAGGUACCUAUACAUGCAUGGAAAGAUCGGUGAUGCAUAUGAGGUUUUGAAGAAAAUGGCAACGGUCAACAAAACAGAGCUUCCUUCCGGAAAACUUGUUUAUGAGAAAACGAGUAACCUGAACGAGGAUUUUACUCCUUUGGAAGGCACCAUAUUACUUGAUACCAGGGAGCAAGAAACUAAAUCAGGCUACUCCUCGAUCUUCACACUGUUCUCGCCAAGUUUAGUCAAAACAACCCUUCUCUUAUGGGUGGUUUAUUUUGGCAAUUCAUUCUCUUAUUAUGGUGUUGUGUUGAUGACCUCGGAACUAAGCAGUGGAGUAAGUAAAUGCCACACAAGUUCGCAUUCAGAACUCUCGACAGAUUCCAGCCUCUAUAUCAAUGUAUUCGUCACCAGCUUUGCAGAGCUUCCCGGGCUCAUUCUAUCAGCGAUACUCGUGGACAAAAUUGGUCGCAGGAUGUCAAUGGUGCUUAUGUACGUGUUCGGAUUUGUAUGCCUUUUGCCAUUGAUGUUCCAGCAGCAAGAGGCUGUAGCCAUAUCUCUACUGUUUGGAGCCCGCAUGUUCAUCAUCGGAAACUAUACCGUGGCCGGUAUCUACUGUCCAGAGUUAUAUCCGACGUCGGUGAGGACAACAGGAGUUGGUGUUGCGAGUGCUGUUGGGAGGGUUGCAGGCAUGAUAUGUCCUCUUGUAGCUGUGGAGCUUGUUUCUGGUUGCCAUCAAAUGGCAGCAAUAAGUUUAUUUGAGAUUGCAAUACUUCUGUCAGGAAUUAGUGUGCUUUUCUUCCCAAUUGAAACCAAAGGAAGAAAGCUGAGUGAUAUUGUGAGUGUACUGUAAAUAAUUAGUAUAUAUACUGUUAUUAAAUGUACUUGCUCUACUCUCAUUUUUUGCUUGAAAAUGUUAUAGAAUAAAUGGUAGAGAUGAAAUGGAUAUAUGUAGCACGAUAUUCACUAAAGUUUAUAUACAUGUGAAAGUGCUGUG